AUGGAUAGGAGCAUGAUCGAUGCAGCUAGUGGAGGAGCUCUAGUGAACAAGAUGACAGACGAAGCGAAACUACUGAUAUCGAACAUGGCUGAAAAUUCUCAACAAUUAGGGGUCCGAUCUGAGGGCAUGACUAGGAGAGUCAACGAGGUGAAUCAUUCUGACUUGGCAAAUAAGUUGACUGAACUUACGGCUCUGGUUCGUCAGAUGACGGUAGGGCAAGUACAGGCAGUGAAAGUAUGUGGGAUAUGUGCUGCGUCCGAACAUGUGACCGACAUGUGCCCGACCCUUCAAGAUGACCCAUACGAGCAAGCUAGUGCCAUGGGGAGCAUGUCUGGAUCUUCUCAAAGGAGAAAUGACCCCUAUGCGCCCACAUACAACCCAGGGUGGCGGAACCACCCCAAUUUCAGCUAUGCUCCGAAACCUUCAGGUUUUCAACAACCAUUCCAGCAAAGACAACCUGUUCAACAACCACCCACAUCUGAUUCGGGUAUGUCCUUGGAAGACAUGGUUAAAUUACAAGCUGACAGCACUUGUCAAAUGAGGCAGGACCAACAGAGAUUUCAACAGGAGCAACAAAAAUUUCAGCAGGACCAACACAGAAUGCAACAAGAUCACCAGAGGUUUCAACAAGAGACACGCGCAAGCAUUAGGAUCUUGGAGGCACAAAUGUCACAAUUGGCAUCCUCAUUGAGCAGCUUCAAAAAUGGUAAAGAGAAGCUACCGUCUCAAGUAAUCCCCAAUCCGAAAGAGAAUGCAAGUGCAAUGCUUUUACGAAGUGGGAAGGAGGUGCAAUCCUCCCAAUCGGAGGCAACCAGAGAUGGAGAUGGACAAGUGCCCAAGAAACCUACGAAAGAGGAGGUAAACACCCCGCCGCCCAUUCCUAAGACUUUUGACAUAAACCCUCCUUUUCUUGGCAGGUUCGCUAAGGUGAAGAAAGAGGAGUCGGAGAAGGAGAUUUUGGACACCUUCCGGAAAGUGAAAAUCAACAUCCCACUGUUAGAGGCAAUUAAGCAAUUGCCGAAGUAUGCAAGGUUUCUGAAAGGGUUGUACACUAACCGGAACAAGUUGAACCUCCAAGACAAAGUAAGGGUAGGUGAGAACGUGUCGGCGGUCCUCCAAAAGAAGUUGCCACAAAAGUGCAAAGAUCCAGGUAUGUUCACUGUACCAUGUAUCAUAGGCAAAAAAAGGAUAGAGAAGGGUAUGCUUGACCUAGGUGCAUCUAUUAACGUUAUGCCCUUAUCUAUAUUUAAAGUUUUGAACUUAGGACUUCUAAAAGAUACAAGAGUGGUGAUUCAACUAGCAGACAGGUCCAAUGUCUACCCCGAAGGUGUAGUUAAGGAUGUCUUAGUAAAAGUUAAUGAGUUUAUCUUCCCUGCUGAUUUUUACAUCGUUGACAUGAAUGAUGAUAACUCAGUUAACUCGGCCGUACUCAUUCUGGGGAGACCAUUCAUGAGUACUACUAGAACCAAAAUAGAUGUGCAUGAAGGUACGCUGUCUGUAGAGUUUGACGGGGAAAUGAUUACAUUUAAUAUUUUUGAUGCAAUGAAAUACCCGGAUGACACUGAGUCUGUUAACUAUGUUGGUAUUACUAAUUCCAUUGUCCAAGAUCACAUUGAGCAGAAUUUUAUGGAGGACAAGCUGGAAUUCGUGCUACAACAAAGCAAGACGAAUGCAGACGUGGAAAGUGAGGAUAAGGAGGACACUAUAGAAGCCAUUAUGUCACUGCACUCGCUUCCCGCAUUUUCCGACGGGUCAGUAGACUCUUUCCUACUAUUGCCUACUUCUAAUGAAAGAAUUUUACCUUCUAUGGAGCACGCAUGA